AUGACGCACCACAAACUAACCAUCGAGCUCAUCUACCAAAACUGCUCUUUUGACUUCCCUACAAAUAUGGACUCUAGCGAUCAGCAGAAGUCUGUCGAGCUACUGCGUAGCAUCCUAAAAUGUCUUGAAAACGAGCAGGAUGCACGAGAACAGAGGCACAAGGACCAAAGCCUCGAUCAGCGACGUGACUCCUUUGCCCAGAUUUGCUCUAUUUAUUCUGUCAUUGCUAUCUUUAUUGCUACAUUGGGUGUUGGAUUUCUGUCGUACAUGCACGAUAUCUUUGUCGCUAGACCCGAAGAUACGCAAGGAAAGCUCACGGACCAAGUCAUUACCAUGUGCCUCUUCCUUUCCGUCCUCCUCUCGAUUAGCUCUUCUAUCGCUCUUGGCGCAGGCGCAUCCCCAUCGCUCAUAACCUCCCUCCCCGAAAUACAGAAAAUCGUUGCCAGUGCUGAUCCCCGGUCAAAGCUAGGCAAGAUCCAAAGAUUCUUCUAUUCGAAAAGGAAUUUGUCGAACUGCUCAAUUCAGGAAACCCAAUGUGCAUCUGAGUCUGAAUCUGAAUCAUCUAGCGAAGAGCAAGUAGUACCAAGGUCUCGACUCGAUACGUUCUUGAAUUGGAUGGUUAAAGUCAAAGCACUCCCAUCUAACGAGUUCCAGUUCGUUAUCGGCUUACUCCUCAUUUCCUUACUGUGCAUGUUCGAUGCCCUUGUCUGCAUGGCUAUUGCUGUCAUGACAUUUGGUUGGGCAGAAAUGGGCCUGCCUCUUGGGACUGCUAUGACUGUUAGUAUUGUAUUUCCGUUGGCUGUCGUUGGCUGCGUUGCGGUGAUUUAUAGGUUCACGCUUUCCGGUCGGCAACAAGAAGGUGGAGGUCAUGGGUCUGAGAUGAACAGUGCCGCCUAA